CCAGGGUCACAUUUGACGUCGUGUACAGUGUAGAGUUCAGACGUACAUCACGAGAACGCCAGUUGCACCCACUUUUUCACCUCGAUACAGUACAACAAAUUCUUGCUCUUGUUCUCACACGAUAAGGACAUCACACAGAUCUAACUUGUUGGAUAAUGGUUUGUCGACACACACUUGUACCCGCGUAGUAGAAAUGGUCGUGUGACUGGAAGACUUACGUGGAAGAUCGACGUGGAUCCAGGAUGGAGAAUGGGAGCAGAAUGGGGCGAAACCUCAGAGGCAGGUGGGAGGCGUUCAUCUCUCUCAACUCAGGCGAGGUUACCGAGGCCCUUCAGAAGGAAAAGCAUUUGAAGUUGGAGGAUUUCCUGCACGCCUUUCUGUCAAUGUCGGCCAACCCAGCAAUCGACAGGGAAGACCUCAUCAACUUCUGCAAUGAUAUUCACAGUGUCUUCAACAUCCUGGUCCGUCAGUUCAUGACGGACAUCCAAGAGCUGGCCCCCACCCACCCCGGCGGUCCCCCUACCGAUGCCGGCCUUUCCCCCACCGACACCAGCCCACUGUCCCCACCGUUGCCUUCACUGAGUCCUCUCAUGGAGUUCCUUAUGCACGGCCGGGGCUGGCUGAUCCUGAACGCAUUGUGCAACCUCUCUGGCCAGGCACUUGACUUCAGUCCUGACUUUGUGUGUCUCUUAGUCCAGUUCAUUGAGGAGGCGCUGAAUUUGCCACUUUGCGACAGUAAAAAAGAUCGAAGUAUCAACAUUCCAAGACUGGAAGCCUGCAUCCUGAAAAGGCACUUUUCCAAAAAGAGCCUCAUGUCCAUCGGAUUUGCCAAUACGCGCCGGUCUACAUUCAGGGGCCAUUCCGUCUCCAACCCGCCUUCCCCGAUCAGGCUGCAGUCCUACCAGGGCAGCCCUCACUCCUGGAGAAGGAGCAGCAGAGACAACACAGAUUCCUCCGACUCGGAUAGCAGGACCAGGACUUCUGAUAGAAAAACAUCGAGGAAAUCUGGCAGCGAUUCCGUGCAGAAGUAUGUUUACUCCAGGCAGGCUCCAUUACCCAAGGCGGCUCUUUUGGGCGAGGUUCGCAUAGUGGACUGGAAGCUUAAUAUUGAGAACCAUCAGAGCAGCGUAAGCAGUGUGGACACCGAUGCCUUUGACCUUUGCCUCGUGUUGCUGUCCCUCUUGGAACGCCUCUGCACCAGCGAGGUCAUGCACUCCAGCAAGAGGAAUACCCUGGCUCUCUUUCUGGCCCCAAAGCUCACGCACCUUCUGACAGUCAUGAAUGCCCAUGCUUCAGUAUCCAAAGCGAAAGAGCUGAGUGUUUCAGAGCAGGAAAGCAAAAGGUGGUCAGAGGAUCUGAUAUGCACGCUGCAGAGACUGGUGCUGCGCAUUGUGGUUAGCCUCUGCAUGUUCAGCUGCACACAGCAUUAUGAGGCACCCAAGCUGGCGUCCAGCGGUAUACUCUUCACACUUCUGCAAUUAGUCAAGAGCGUCGGGCGAAGGACGGAAAAGUCAUCAGAGGUCACAGAUUUGCAAGCUGAUUGUGAAAGCUCAUCUUCCUCUGAAACACCAAAUGUUGAUGUUGUCGGCAAGGGUAAAGCACAAACUGAUAGUAGUGGGAGCAAGCUUCGGAAUGGACCUCAGUCGUUACAGCAGGACUCGUGGUCAGAGUUGACUCUUAAUAAUUUGCACUAUGUUAGUGAGAUACUCUACGGUGUUGUGAUAUUGCUCAUCGGUGUCAUGCAUAGCUGCUGUGACAAUCAAAUUGUGGUCACCCACGCCAUGGCCCUCUUGAAUGAGUUUGCCACAAACGCUGGCUAUACUGUCACUGAGUCCCUCCUUGCCUUCGUGGAUGAGAGGAUAAGACAUUUUGGAGAGGAGGCCAAGGAGUCGCAGAUACUUAAGGACUGCAUGAUCAGUCUCUUGUGUAGUCUGUCCAAACUCCUCAUAGCCACCAAGAGAGCAAAGUUAGAGUAUCUCCACAAGUUCCAGUGUCUGAAACGAACCCAUAACACUUGUGACUACACGCACUACACCCACCACCACCACAGCAUGUUUGGAAUCUCGUACAGUGCUCAUGAGGAUGAUAAGGUGCCACCACAUCCUCAGCCUAAAACCUUUCCAAAGGAGAGCACCGAUAAAACCUUGUUGAGAGCCCGAGGUUCCAAGUGCUGCAUUGCCAUUAUCGUGGAGAUGCUGUUGGGACUCCUGGAGAAGGUGCACUACAGGGGAACAACAGUGCGGAUCCUGUUUGCGCUUGAGCAAGGCGGAAUCUGCUGCUGUCUUCCACCCCAUGUUGUUGUUUCUGUCUUUUUGAGGAGCCUCCAGGAACAGCCUGUUGCCAUGAGGAGCUACCUCCUUAGUGUGCUGAGUAAGCUGAUCCUUGAGCAACUCGGAGGAGGUGAGCGAUCGGAAGGAGUCAUACAGGGCAUCUGUGAGGAAUGUUCCAACCAGGACAUGAGAUCCCCUCCUGCAAUGGCAAAGGAGGCAAAGAUCACUGACCAUUACAUGUCCAGCGAUAGUGCCAUUUGCAGUGACGGGAGCCAGCAUGAUGACGAUGUGCGGACUACAAGGUGGAAAGUACUGGAACUAUACACACCGUUACUUAUGAGUCAAGAUGAAGGCCUUAGCCGGCAGAUUUCAGGCCAUCUUCUUCACCUCGUCAGGCAUAGUAACAUGGUGGUCAAGGAGGAAUUGUACUUCAGUGUCAUCCUAUCGUGCUUCCGACACAGCAGUGCUGAUACAAUAGAUGGACCUCAAACUCUUCCGUGUUUCUCAGCUCCGUCUGUACUUGAGCACAUCUUCUGCGCCCUGCCACAUCUCUUGAAUACACUCUCCGCACAGAUAGAGUUCCUGCUCGAAGGAGGACUGACCCAACUGGUGCAACUCUUAGACUUACGUGCCACCCGCUUGCAUGUCCUUAGAGUGUUUGAGGUUCUCGUCUUGUCUGAGGAAAGCCAAGGUGCCUUCCUCACAAACCGUAGUCGAGCCGGCACCAGGGACAGUGCCCUAACCACAGAGACACUAAGUGAAAGUGGGGAAACUUGCAAUGUUGUCCAAGACUUUGUAAAUAUUGUCUGUAGUGUACUUCCUUAUAAGCCAACAGAGGAGACAAACAUUAUCAGCAAUUCGGGAGAAGGGACUGAGCCAGAUGAGGACUGGCUGUUGUCCUGCGAGGUUAUUGAAGAUCCUAUCGAACGAGUGUACCGAAGUGCACACAAUGUAACCCUUAUUGAAGAAGGUAAGGCGGCCUUUGCCGAAAGUUUAAAUACCAUCACUGAGGAGGAGGCCAGUAAAGAGAUCUACGACAGCUUUGAGGAGAUGUUGUUCAAGCCUGAUCAGUUGAGUAAGAUGUGUGAAGAAACCCUGGCCAAGGCUGCCGAUGUCUGGCGGGUUGGCGGGAACUUGCUGCUGCAAAGUGCCAGUUUCAAGUUGCAGUUUAUCCAGAGAGAGGGGGAUGUCUUGGCAAGGUCACUCUUGUCAGAAGCCCUGGUGGGUCUGGCGAGGACCUGGAAGAUGUGUGAAGGGCUCCCAGUUACCUGGUCUCCAUUCAGUGACGAUGCGGCAAGACUGCGUACUGCGUCAGAGUAUAAGCCAGUUCCAAUGAGCUUAUUUCGGGUCAUAUUGGACAUCACUGGAUCACUGCUGAGGAUCUGUCUGACACUACAAGGAAAUGAGGAGAGUGAAAACAUGCCCAAGUUCCUUGAGAACUGCAAGGGGAUCCUGAAACAGUCUGGGAUUCUUCAGUCUUCGUUGGGAAGGCCUGUCGCUGAGAUGCUCCUGAGGGUUGCCCAGAUGCAGGUAUAUGUCCAUCCAGGGUGCCAUGGCUACAGCAGUACUUCCAAGGACUGUAUGGGCAAUAACGUUGAUGAAAUGCUGCACUGGAAUCUGGAGGAGUUACAGGAGGCUGUGUCCAGCGACAGCCAGAGUGAGAUCAGCGACCCUUUGAGCACCGAGGAAGGCUACGAAGCUGACAGCGAGAGGGAAAAGGAAGGCGCUCAUUCAGGCGACGGCCAAGGGGAGGUGGACCUAGACCAUGCCGAGCAGACCAUGAGCCAGCACACCCUGCUGCACCCACAGGUCUGCCUGCUCCUGCUGCAACUACUGGAAGGCACCGGCAGCAACAGCGGGGAGUUCCCGGCCGAAGUGGCAUGCUACAGCAUCAAGCAGGUCAUGGCCAUCGCCCGCAGCAGCCAGGCUAGUCAGGACAGCCUGUACCAGUGUGGCCUGCCCGAGGUUGCCUUGCAGAAUUACCGCAGGACGGUGUCGCCUGCUGAGAGAGUGCUACUUCUGGAACUGUUCGCUGUUCUCGUGCAGCACAAUCUAGUGACGUCUGAACUGCGGGAGUUCCUACAGCUCUUUGAUUUAUCCCGGGAGGAUGAGGAUCUGCUGUCGACACUGCUGACCAUCGUAGACAACACGCCCUCUCUGCCUUCCCACGUUCUCAGCUUCCCCAUCGUCAAGCCCAUCUCACAGACCCUCUCGGGCAGUGGGUCUUGCUCCAGCAGCGCCUCUACCAUCACUGAUGCCAAGGCCGGACAGCCAGACCCCACGGCAGCGGCGACGGAGGAGGAAACUACCACAAAACCCGUCCAAAUCCGCCUUGGGGCCAGCAAGUCCCCCUGGAACAUUGCUCCCGUACAGCUGCCAGUCCACAGCAACCUGCCCUGGCCCCCGACGGGGAAGGGAUUCUUUGUUGCCACGUGGCUGAAAGUGGACGAGCUGAGGCUACUGAGUCGACUGCAUGCCGUUCCCGGGUUCAGAAGAAGGAAGAGCGUCCAUCGACAGGCUGUGGUCAAGCUGACGGAAGAGGAGCUUUUUGACCAAGAGAUUCUAUAUGGAGACAAGAAGAAGACCCAGCGCAAAGAUUCAACCACGCGAUCACCAGCUCCGCAACGGGCUGGUCUUCAUCUCUUCUCCAUCGGCAACCGUGACCUGAUGAUACAGGUCUGGGUUGAAGCCAGAACCUGCAAAAUGACCAUCAGAUUAACUCAUUUUUUGUCAUUGAAUGAGCACGAGGUGCUACACGAGGCCACAUGUUCCCUCCUCUCUCUGAGUGUUUGGCAGCAUCUCACUGUGGGGUACGAAGAAAAGGCCGAGGGUUCGACUCGAACCGGAACGAUCACUGUCAUUGUGAACGGGCAACUGCAGAGAGACAUCUUGAUUGAGUACACCAGGCCCGCUCGUACCAAGCCUAGCCAGGCACCGGUGCCCUACUGCCUGCUGGGCCAUUGUGUGCAGGAAGGCACGGUUACCAACCUACCUCAGGGAUCCUGGCAGUUGGGCAAUGUGCUGCUGUUUAACGAUGCUCGUGUUCUGAACCAGGAAAUAGCGUUCCAUCUGUACAGCAUGGGCCCGGACUGCCUGACCAUCAGCGCCUGUGAGGGCAGCAGACAGAGUCAGCUGUACAGCCAACACAUCACGCAGGACAUUCUCCAAUCGGCGCUCAGUGCCGAGAUCAUGUCUGGGGACCGGGAGGUGGAGCUAAGGCCUGCAAGGGAGUCUCUGGUGAUAUCCUACUCGCCAAGCAGCAAGGACGUCUUUAGCCAUUACGAGCCAGUCACCCAACCCGGCACCGCCUUGGGCCGAGUUCUCAGCGGCUCCUCAAGGAGUUACCCCAACCCUCUCCUGCAGUGCCCAACCACGGUGGGUGCUGCCUUGCUCUGCACCCUUGUCCCCGACUCCCACCUCGGUCUGCAGCGGGCCAUCAAAGAGAGUGGCGGAAUCGGCGUCUUUGUCUUCCUCUUUGCAAAGAUUGUUGAGAAGUCAAGCUGCAAGACCGUCCAGGCUAAGGCUCUCAAGGUGAUCAUGAAGCUCCGGGCUUGUAGUCACGCCCUGGCGGCCGUGUUCAACGAUAUGAUGGCCGCCUCCAUGAUAGCUAAGGUGCUCGUCACCCCCAAGUGCAUUGUGGGAUUUGAGAUGUUGAAGGUCAUGCUGGAUGCUUGCCUCAACAAGCCUAUCCUCUACCGCUGCUCCCACGCCAACGAGUACCGGCUGCACCGCGACUCACAGGCCAUCAUCCAGGACACGGGUCUGGUGUCCCAGCUCCUCCUGGACUGGCGUGUGUGGGAGAAGGCCGAGUCGGGAGUCCUGCCCAUGCUGUUCCGUGUGAUGGAGACGUUGAUUCAUUCAGACCACCCCUACCAGGCCUUCAAUGUCACCCAGCUGCUUAGCAUCCACUGUGUGCGACGUCUGCUCAUGAUUUGCAAGGAGCGCCACCAUGAGGACCUGCCUAACCUGGCUCCGGAUACCUGCCUCUCCAUAGUGUCUAUUAUCAAAGGCCUGAUGGGUCAGCCACCAGACAUCAACCUCCUUGCUGAGGUCUGUGACUUCCUUCUCGCCGUCCAUCCGGCCGUCAACACGUUUGUCUGCCACGCUCAGUCCAGCUUCUACUUCUCUCAGCAUUCCUUCGCCCAGCAGAAAUACAAGCAGAAAUUGCUGCGACACACGUCGAGUACAAGUAACGUUUCCACGCAGUCCGAGAUUCCUUCCGAAGCUCCCAGAUUCUACAUAUCUUCCCAGGAUCUUGCUGAAAUGAAUCACAAUCAUCAGCGGGCGGCCACCGAUCCCGACAGGGACAAUGCCGAUAAUUCAGCCAAAUCAAAACAGGGUCCCUUCGGUUCCCCGGGCGCCAGUGACUGGGAUGAAGACAGGGGGUCAGACAUGAGUGGUCUGGGUUCCGGUCUUCUGAAUCUCCUCUCUGAGGCUUUGGUAGUGCUUCCAGACUCCAGUCUGUCCAAGGUUUUGGGCAUCGUGAUCAAACCGGAGACGCUCAUUGUGCUGGCCCAUCACGACUCGCCGCUGAUCCGAACCCGAGUCAUCCAGUUGUUGGACAUGUUCUUCCAUCGUGCCAACUUGGCUCAGAUUGAGACCUUCCUGAAGAGGAGGAGUUUUCAUCUCCUGGCCAACCAGCUACAUCAGUACCCGGCCACCCGUGAGCUGAUGGAAGCAUGCCUGACCAUCACGGUGGGCAAGCCUGUCAACAUGAACCAGGGCGUGGAGUUGAUGUUACUUCAGGAGUCGGACCGCUUCCAGCAUAUGUCAUCAGUACUGUUAAUGUCACUCCUUGAGAACUCGGUGCAUGACUUCAACCUUUGCCAUGAUGGGAUAUGCAUAGCCAAUCAGUUGUUUGAAGGUGUUGAGAGCGUAGCUAAUGUGAUGCUUGCCAAUGGCUUGGUAGAGACGCUGUGUAAUGUACUGUCUGCAAUCUGCAGCAUGGCCUCAGUGCUUGACAACCAGAGGAAUUCCGCGUCAACGGAUGCCAAUUUGAGGUCAAGCGACAACCAAGAGGAGGAUACCAUGAGCGAGAAAUCAAGAACAUUGCCAAACGAUGCAGACACAGCAAAUGGCGGGAUGCAAGAAACUCCUCCUAGCGUCGUCAAGGCCAGACUCACGGGAUCCUCUGACGAAGACGAGACGCACGAUCCAGAAGAAAACAGAGAAUUAGAUCAGCAGCUACUUGGGAAGAUGGGCCCUGGCACCGUAAGGCCAGCAACGGUUAAUGGAUUUAUUGACAGAGAACCCGGGGAACCGGACAUUGGAAAUGGACCAAUCGGCACUGCCCAGAUCUUGUCUCCACAGUUACCAGAUGGGGAGUCCAGAAUACCAGAGACAAUACAAAUUCUCAUCAAGGAUAUACAGCAUUUCAUGUCGUGCAUUGCCAAUCAUGUUUUCAGUUCUGGCAGUCAGUUUGACUAUUUUGAAAGCAUGAUGCUGCUCCUGGGAGGAAUGGAAGAAAAACACCGAAAGAGGCACGGGUCCGGUUCUGUGAUCCCAGAGAUCGUGUACGAGACCCAGUGUUAUAUCGUCAAGGAGGUCCUGGACCACUUCAGGGCCACCGCCAUGGCCGUGGACUCGGCCGUCACUAAAGGCAGGAAAUCUAUGAGCUUACAGAGGAGCGUCAGUUACUCGGAACGUAAAUAUGAGGAAUACAAAUGGAUGCGACGUAAUUCUGCCGAUUCUGAACCCAAAGACACUAGAGGGCGCUUGACAUCAACCAGCAGCAUAGGGUCCAGCGAGUUUGGCAUGUCCCUGAUAUCGGAGUCCAAUUUCGAAGACACGAUGUCGCUGAGCUCUGAACACGAGCGCCUCUCAGAUUUUGGGCAGCUAGCAGAAGAUCGCCGGUACUCGUCACAGUUGGACACCAUCCUCAGGAUGCAGAGAGUGCACGCAGCGUCCUCCUCCAGCCGGCCGGCCAGCCGAAAGAAAACACCAGAAAUGGCCGGCGAGCAGCUCCUGGCCAAACGCUUCCAGAGAAUCUGCCUGCUGACCGUCAACCUGGUGGUGCAGAGAGCUUCUACUCAUUUAGACGAUAGCGUCAUCCAGCCAGUCGAUCCAACACUGACUCAACUGGCUAAGCGUCUGUUCCAUCUCCUCACCGAUGCUCUGACGGCAACCAUGGAGAGAAAGCUGGGCCAGCGUAAGCAGUGGGAGAGCAUCCUAUGGUCAUCGCGGGAUACGCUACGACUACAGCUGCACCGCCUCCUGGUUCACAUGAUGGCGCCAUGGCAAGCCACACCCAUCAGGGUCUACAUGCUGCAGGUGGCGUGCAUCCCCAGGGCUAACCAUAUCCUCCAGGCAGUACUCAACACAAAUCUACAGCAACACCUGGGCAAGUUUGAGCUGUUCCUGUUUGACCUGCUGCGCAAUCACACCCAGCUGACAGAAGCCAACUUGGUGCUGUGCCAACAGUUGAUGGACCUGCUGGAGAAAGGCGGCUUCCAUCCGCUGUAUGAGGAAGACAUGGACUCCACCACGCAGGACAGAGUCAAAAUAGAACUUGAGAAGAUGGUGGCAGAGGAGGGAUCGCUGCAAGAAGCGUACAUCAAGCAGCGGUUAGAUGGGGCUGCUGUCGCAUGGUCCAAACUGGACCCGUUUUCCAAAGAGGUGGCCAACUCGGCCAUGGAGGUCACACAGUUGGUGACUGCCUACCAGAACGGCCAGCGAAUUCGUUUCCUGGAGUUUUUGAAGAGCACCAUCGCUAGUUCCUUGGACGUCAGGUCUGCUUGGCAGGACCUGAUUGAGAGCCUGACACAUGAAAGGGCAGUGUGGUAUGACCCCAAGACCUACCCCUCCUCCUGGCAGCUUGAUCCCACCGAAGGCCCCGGCCGUGUCCGCCGUCGCCUCCAACGCUGUCACCUCCACAUCCCGGCCAAGUUUCUCCUCCCUAGGCCCCAGGCCAACGACGAUGGCAGACCCACCGUGCCCCUGGCUUAUCUCUUUGAGGACGGUGUGCAGUCUUCCAACUCAUCCGAGUUCAAGAGGAGGCUACAGAAGAAUGAGAAGAUCAGCGACGCUUUCUUCUGCAAGCUAGUGAUGCCAGCUUCGGUGAACAUGGGUGAUCUCCUACAAGGCGUCAACAGCAUGUAUUUUGUGAGCGAGGAAGUUUUGGACAGCGGCCACGCCCAGGUCAACCCCUUUGACCGUGACAUGAUGACCAUCUCUUGGCUGUACGAGGACAUCAAGGAGCUGCAUCUGCGUUGGUACCAGCUUCGAGACAAUGCCUUGGAGAUCUUCCUCAUCAACGGCCAGACACUGCUGCUGGCGUUUGAGAACACCAAGGAGCGAGAUACCUUGUACCAGCAGAUCAAAUCCUGCGACCUGCCCAACCUUGUGGAAGUUGACGACAUCUCAGACGUUACCCAGGCCUGGCGGCUGGGUCAGAUGACCAACUUUGAGUAUCUGACCCAGCUCAACAAGCUGGCUGGACGCUCCUUCAAUGACCUCAUGCAGUAUCCAGUCUUCCCCUUCGUACUGAGCGACUACACCAGUAAACUCUUGGAUCUUGAAGACCCCAAUUCAUACAGAGACCUGACUAAGCCAGUGGCAGUCCAGUCCCUGGCCAUGGAAAAUCGCUACAAGGAAAACUACAAGUUCCUAAAGGAAGAAUACCAGAAGUUCAAGGGACUACGCAUGGGACAGACCAUGUUCUGGACCAAGCCCUACCACUAUGGCUCCCACUAUUCCAACAGCGGCACGGUGCUGCAGUACCUGGUUCGCUUGCCUCCUUUCACCAAGAUGUUCCUUCACUAUCAGGAUAACCAUUUUGACUUGCCUGAUCGUACAUUCCAUUGCGUGGAUACCUCCUGGAGGCUUUCCUCGUUCCAGUCCAGCACCGAUGUCAAGGAGCUCAUCCCAGAAUUCUUCUUCCUGCCAGAGUUUCUUGUCAACAACGAAGGCUUCAACUUUGGCGUUCGUCAGUCCGGUGCCCGUGUCCACGACGUCCUUCUACCUCCCUGGGCCAACGGCAGUGCCAGGCUGUUCACCCUGAUCCAUCGGCAGGCCUUGGAGUCUGUCUAUACCUCACAGUACUUACAUGCUUGGGUGGACCUGGUGUUUGGCGUCAAGCAACAGGGAUCGUUGGCCGUGGACUCCAUCAAUGUCUUCCAUCCUGCAACAUACUUCGGCAUCGACACGACGACCAUCAAGGAUCCAGUCAGGCAGCGAGCUGUGGAGACCAUGAUCAAGACCUAUGGCCAGACACCCAAGCAGCUGUUUGUCAACUACCACCCGUCCCGUCUGGAGCAUGACAUCUACCCUGACAGCUUCGGCGUGGGGUCUGUGGGAAUACUGGCCGGCCUGGCCCAAUGGCAGACGACGAAGGCUAACAUGGGCCCCGAGGCCAGUAACAUAUCGGCGCCGGUGAGCUCUGUUAAGGGCAUGAGGUGGGGCAACUACCUGGGCUCAGCGUCGGGACCGGACCCCGUCAUCCGAUACAAGAAGCACUACCCGGUACCCUUGACCUCCCUGAUCCCGUUACCCACGGGUGACGUCUGCGGGGUGGCCCAGCACCUGUGCUUGCUCCUGAUGUACAGCAAAGAGAGAGGCGUCAGCAGCAUGAAUGCCGUCGACAUCAAAUGGUCCGGUAUCAUCAGUUGGGGCCACCCAGACGCCAUCCUAAGGGUGCAGAUCAGACGCAAAUCCCUCCCUAUCAACCUGCUGCAUGCCACGCCCACAGAUAAGAUCACAUGUUGCAGUUCAGUGUCCGACUGCAGACUUCUGUUCAUUGGGACAGUAUCUGGUGAAGUCACAGCAUACCCAACCCGCUAUAACCCAGAAAAGCAAUGCAACAUUGAGGUUGUCGGUCCGGCAGUUCGUCUGUUUGGCCACACAGCCCAUAUCAACAGCCUGUGUGUCAAUCGAGCCUACAGUAUCAUGGUCAGUGCUAGUCGGGAUGGGACGUGCAUCAUAUGGGAUCUCAACAGACUGUGUUACAUACGGUCCCUCUGUGACAGCGACGCCAAUAUUGACGUCACCGGCGUGACAGCGGUGACAGUCAGUGAUGUAUCUGGUGACAUCGCAAUCACCACAGCAGUCGUUGACGGGGGCAGCAGUGUCAGUAUAUGGUCCAUCAACGCUAGUCUUGUCUCCAGGCGUCUUUGUGACAGCGAGGUCCACUGCCUGGCAUUCUCCAAUGCCCCUGAGGGCAUUGCGGUCAAUGCGCUUGUGGCUGGCUGUGAAGACGGUGUCAUAAGAUUCUGGAGUACCAUUGAUCUUACCCCAAUCCGAGUCCUCGUUGCCAAUGCACACAGUCCUAUUAUCAGCCUUGCCUUCACCAAUGAUUCCCAGUACCUGGUGGCCAGUAACAAGGACGGCCAGGUCAUGACAUGGGGGAACAAAGAGAGCAACCGCAAAGUGCCCAAGAUUGAGGCCUUCCUAGACAUCAGGAAAAUCCGUAACCCAAGCAGCAACAGAAUCGGCUCGGUGGGGAGUCAGUAAAACCUUGUGCAUCUCAGGCGAAGGAACUCGUACGUCAAAUGACGGGUUUCGUUCUGGUUCCAGUUCUUCCUAGCACUGGUUCUAUCCAGUGUCGAUUGUAAACUAUUUUGGUAAAGGUCUAGUAAAGUUACAGAUCUAGUUCCUGGGCCGAUUUCACAAAACUUGUCUUAUCUUGCGACUCAUCUUAGGACUUAAGACAAGGCCCCGCUGUAAGAUCGCUCUUAGCUAAGACACGUCCUAAGACCAAUUCACUAAACACGUCCUAAGACCAAUUUCACUAAAUACAUAAUAGACAAGACGCAUCCAAACUACCAAUUUGAUGGCUGUUUCAUGUUUGUUUUUACUGCUUGACGAAACAGUUGUUGAAAAGAAACGCACAAAUCCAAUUUCCCCUGUGAGUGAAUAGAACACUUCCUAAGAUACGUCUGAGCAUUUUGGUGAAAUCAGCCCCUGGUUCUUGGUUCUGAUAACAGUUUAAGUUCUGGUUCCAGUUCUGUCUUUGUUUUUAGCACUGAACAGAUCUAGUUUAUGGUUCCUAUAACUGGUUCCACAGUUCUUUUUUAUGCCCUUUUUUCCUUGUUUGAGUCCUUUGAUUUUAUGUUAGCUGUCUGCAUCUAUUUCAGAAUUUCUGUUGUAGUACUUGGAUUUAUUCUCAAGCUGGACCAGUUCCUCUGCGCUGCAUGUUCAUGCAUUAUUUCUGAAAGCCUUUCUACUGUUUUCAUAUAAAAUUGUGCUCCAAGGUUAAGAAACUGUAUAGAAUUUGUACACAACGCAGAUUUUGACUUGAAAAAAAUGGAUAGAAGUUUAUAGACAAAACACUGCCAUUCCCCCCCCCCCUCUAAUUUCCAAUAAAAUUAAGUAAUAUCUACUGAUAUUGGUGCUAGCUACGUUUAAUUUGGACAUUAAUUUGGAGGCUGUUGUGUGGUAAUUUUAACCAUUAAUUUCCAGUGGAAGCAUUCCUUUCUACAGCAUUAAAAUUUGAAAUGUUUAAAGAAACGUGACAUUUUUUUCUAUUUGACACAUACAAAUGUAAUCAGCAUUUCCCCAGUUGAACUCAGUAAAACAUUUGUUGUAUAUUAGAUCGAUC